UAAUGAAGGCAGGUGCAGUGGUAAGAGACAGUAGAGAGUGCAGUAUACUGUAACACAGGGAACACUGUUUCCUAAAAAACUGUGAUAGUUUCUGCUAUACAACGCCUUCUAAAUCCAUAUAUCUGCGUUUUGUUUUUUGUUUUAAACCUGAAUAGGUGUGCUGCUGGUGGUUCUGCUGGUAUCUAACAUGUUCCUGUCAAAGAAAGGUGUGACCUCAUUGCCAAUCUGUCCAAGUGGGUCUGUUGGUUGUCAGGUCUCCCUUGGGAAUCUUUUUGAUCGUGCAGUUAAACUCUCACACUACAUCCACUCCCUCUCCUCAGAAAUGUUCAACGAAUUUGAUGAGCGCUAUGCUCAAGGUCGGGGAUUUAUUACAAAGGCCAUUAAUGGCUGCCACACUUCCUCCCUAACCACUCCUGAAGACAAGGAGCAAGCUCAGCAGAUUCACCAUGAAGACCUACUGAAUUUAGUGCUCGGAGUACUGCGCUCCUGGAAUGAUCCCUUGCUCCACCUGGUCUCUGAAGUGCAAAGUAUCAAAGAAGCUCCAGAUACCAUCCUCUGGAAGGCUGUGGAGAUUGAGGAACAAAACAAGCGUCUUCUAGAAGGAAUGGAGAAAAUAGUUGGACAGGUUCAUCCUGGUGAAAUAGAAAAUGAAGUCUACUCCAGGUGGUCAGGUCUCCCAUCCCUGCAAAUGGCAGAUGAGGACUCCCGUCUCUUUGCCUUUUACAGUCUGCUGCACUGCCUGCGUAGGGAUUCCCACAAAAUUGACAACUACCUGAAGCUGUUAAAAUGUCGCCUUAUCCAUGAUAGCAACUGUUAAGUAUUCCCUAGGCCCAUCCCUCUCUGAAAUGAUAUAACUAAAUCGUUCAAAGAGGCCUUCUUGUUGCUUUGCCAUUUUUUGUUGCAAACUUUUUGAGAAAUUACAUUGUGCUGUAUAAA